CCAAAAAAGUCAAAAAACUAAAAAAUCUGUCAGUCACAAAUGUCAGUUCUUUACUGUCAAAAAUUAAUUGGAAUUUUGGUUUAUCGUGAUUAGCAUUAAUCGAAAUGAAUUGAAAUUAAUCGUGGAGUGGAAAUCAGAGAACAAAAUGGAGAUAACAGUGGAAAGCCUCCCGCUGCUGGGGGUCUGCAACCUGUGCUUAAACGAGGGGGCUGUGAAGAGUAUGCUUGCCUGUAGUUCGGCCGAUGUUCCGUCUUACUCGGAUAUAUUGUUAAAAUGUUUCAGCAUAGACAUAAGCUUGAUGGAGCUGGGGGACACAAAGCAGUUGGUCUGCGACUCAUGUGCCGCUCGGUUAAUGGAGAGCAUGGUGUUCAAGGACCAGGCUUUGCAAUCUCUCCGCAGUCUUGAAGACUCGGCCAAGAUGUUCAACGUGAAGAAAGAGAGCGUUGAAUUUAUCGACGACGCCGGCAGCCUAGCGGACUUCGACAUCGACCCCGACGCCGACGAUGAUGAUGAUGAUGACGAUGACAAAGCAUUAUCAGUCAUUGUUAAAAAGGAGCCCAUCACAGAAGUGUUCAAGCCGCGCAAAACCAGAAAAAAAUACAUCACCAUCACCGUAAAGAAGUCCAAAGACUACAAAGAUAUAUCCGAUACUGAAACAAUGCUCUCACAAGGUCUGUUCCCGUUUAAAAUACGAAAAAACAGGCUGUUUGCAUGCGCCAUAUGUCCAGAAACACUUUCCAAUCUUGAGGAUAUGAAGAAACAUGUGUCACAACAUAAUAAGAAAAAUAUACAUAUAGCUUUCAAGAAAAUGAUGUUCUCUAAUUCACAAAGGUUCUAUAAAAGCGCUACGCAGUUACGGUGUAAAAUAUGCACGACAGAUUUAAAUAACUUCGAAGAUUUGAAUGCACAUGUAGAAAAUUGUACUAGACUUAAAUAUACUAACGGGAAAUGGAGUAACUUACCAUUCAAACUUGAAAAGGAUCAACUAGACUGUCCUGUUUGUAAGAAAACUUUCCUAAAUUUUGUAAGUUUAAAUACUCAUAUGAACAUACAUUACCCGAAUUAUAUCUGUGAGAAUUGUGGAAAAGCUUUUGCUUCGAAAGCGAGAUUGAGAGGACAUAUGAGGACGCAUGAAGUCGGUGAGUUUCCUUGCAAGUACUGUGAUGCGGUCUUCGAUAGAGUCACUAAGCGAGAGAAUCAUGUGUCUAAGGAACAUAAGGCCGGAGUGCGGUACGCUUGCAAGCGUUGCAAUAUAUCUUUAACAUCAUUCUACGCUCGACAGAAGCAUUUAGCUGAGAUUCACAACGAAGAGCUAAAACGAUACAAAUGUAAAGCAUGUCCGCAGAGCUAUAUUACCCCGGGACACUUAUCGAGUCAUGUCCGGAGAGAUCAUUUGAAUGAAAGGAACCAUAAGUGUGAUAAAUGCGACUUAGCUUUCUAUACUAGGAACGCUUUAAAAAUGCAUAUGAUCAAACAUGACGGGGAAAGGAUCCACGUAUGUCACAUAUGUCAGAAAUCGUAUCAAAGGAAGAAAACGCUUAGAGAGCAUAUGAGGAUUCAUACUAAUGACAAGAGGUUUAUUUGUCCAGUGUGUGGGAGGGCCUUUACGCAGAAAUGCACGUUAAAAGGGCAUCUGAAGGUGCACGAGAGGAAAGUGGAGAUAGAUGAGAAGAUUAUGCAGCCAUUGCACUCUAUUUAAAUCGCUAAAAAGCUCUAAUAAAGUGUCCGAGGUAAAAAUAGGGAAUAUUGACUCUGCAUAGGGGGCGCCACUAGCACAAACCUCCUUAAUGCAUCAUCAAAGAUCAAAGAUCUAUGAAGUGUAUAAGAUAAAUAGUCUAAGAAAAAAAAAUUAUGCUCGAAAAGAUGGCGCCAUACCUUUGGCCUAUACUCGUGUAGAUGGCGACACCGUUUGAUACUUAACAAUUUUAACACAUCAGUAAAAGAACAUAGAUCAGUCAAAUGGCUUUCUAAAAGUUUUAAUCCUGUGUCGAAAGAUGGCAGCACAUUUACUGUGACUACAAAAAUUAUCAUGACAAUAAGCCUCUAUACCUACUAAAUCAAUCAAUUCUCUCUCUCUUAUAUAUAU